UUCAACUUUUCCUGCUAGCCUGCUGCUAUUCAGAAGUUGUUAUAUCAGUAUGGAUGAAACAAAGCUCUUUCUGUACGAAUGGGACUUCAUAGAUCCUCCAACAAAAGAUUACAUCUGUGGCCACUGCAAGCAAGUAUUUAGGAAGCCUAUGAUGAUCGAAUGCUGUGGAAGUACUUUUUGCGCCUCUUGUAUAAUAGAAGAAGAUCCUUAUACUGGUGAUAUCAAUUAUACUUGCCCAGAUUGCAACGAUAAGGAUGUUGCUGCUAUUCUCAACAGAAAAAAAUGGGGAAAAAUAAUUGAACUGGAUAUUAAGUGCCCAUUUACUAGCAAUGGUUGCUUGUGGACUGGGGAACUGAAAGCAGGAGCUGCUCAUAUCGAUGUUCUUACUGGCGAUUGUGAAUACGUUAUUACCACUUGUACGAAUGGAUGUGGAGAAAGAUUGGACAAGAAGGAAUUAACUGAGCACUUGAACUUUUUCUGCCCUCAACGGCUGGUCGUUUGUAAUCACUGCAACAAACAAGAUAAACAAGAAUUCAUCAAUGGAGAGCAUAAGAAUGUGUGCCCCGAGCUUUCGAUUCAGUGUCCUAACAACUGUGGAGCGAAUGCUAUCAAACAAAUCAAUUUAGAAGAUCACUUGGUUGAGUGUUCAUUACAUGAAAUCAAAUGUGAUUUUAGUUACGCUGGCUGCUCUAAAUCAAUGCUCAGAAAAGACUUGGCAGAACAUCACCAAAAUAAUUGGCAAAUACACAUUGCCUUUCUGGUAGAAUUUUUUGAAGACGAACUACAAAAUAAGGAAUUGCAACUUUAUGACUUAAUUGCAGAAAAAGAUGAACAAUUUGAGAAGAUGCUUGAACAACAUAGCCAACAGCUAAUGGAAAAGGAUGAAGCACUUCACAAGUUGAUAAAAGAGAGAGACGAAGAGAUUCAAAAACAAGUGAAAGAGGAAGAAACAAAAGUAAACGGCCAGCUAGAGAAAUUGACAGAAGAGUUUGAAUCUAAGUAUGACGAACUAAAAUUUAAUUUAAGCAGGCUUUAUCAUUUACCCUCUGCAAUUAGUUCACCAGCCGUAGAUGAACAACAGUUAGAAAAGACUGAAAUAAUUCACAGAGGUAAAAAAAACACCGAAAUUUGGAAAGGAAAGUACAAUAGUAUUGAAAUCGCAAUUAAGAGACCAGUAGCAGGUGCCUCACCAGCUGAAAUUCUUGCUGAGAUACACAUUUUAAAGAAACUCGUGCAUUCCAAUCUUGUAAGGAUGGUGGAUGCAACAACAACAGGUGAACAUGUGUACAUGGUAUUGGAAUACAUGUCAAAUGGAAACCUAGAGAACUACCUACGAAACAAUAGCCCUUUGCUGCUGCAUCAACAAGUAUUUGUUGGAAAGCAACUUGCGAAUGGACUUGAGUAUCUUCAGGAAAAUCUCUGCAUUCAUCGACGCAUUAGAGUAGAUAACGUUUUAGUUGGAGAAAAUUUAAAAUGCAAAAUCAAUGAUUUCAGCUCAGCUGUGGUCCUGCAGAAUUAUAAUGAAGAGUUUAUGGCUGAAAAUACCUUUAAACUAAGAGUUAAAUGGUGUGCUCCUGAAGUUCUUAAAGAGCACCGAUUCUGCCUUAAAACCGAUGUGUGGGCAUAUGGGAUUCUUCUAUGGCAGGUCAUUGCAAAUGGCACAGAUCCUUAUCCUGGACUAACGAUUGAAGAAGCAGAACAACACAUAUGCUCAGGAACCCACAUGCCACGCCCACAUAACUGCUUAGGGAAAUUUUACACACUUAUGCUGGAUUGCUGGAAACUAGAUCCUUGGACAAGGCCAACAUUUGAAUCCUUGUCUGAUUUACUGGAUCAUGUCAAAGACUCACACAAAUACACAGAUAUAGAUCUAUAGUGAUUCAUGCACACAUCUCGCCAUACUUAAACUAUCUCCAUAAUUAUCACUUCUGUAUCUAUACGGUUUUUUUGUAUUUGCAGUAACGAUCAUUAGAUCAUGGCCAGUGACUUAAGUUUGCAAAUAAACUGUGAAAUUGACCUUUCACACAAACAAACGGAAAUGAAUGAUUUUAAACAUUAAAUUGAAAUGGGAUGACUUGUCAUU